AUGCCUAUGCCCAUGCUCGGAGUGGCAGUCGUCUUGGCUGUGGUCGGCCUGGUGGUGGUGGUGGCCGGCGACAGGGCGACUUGCUCGCCGACAGGCUCCGCUGCUGCUCCUCCGGUGGCCAAGCUCGCGCCGCUCUCGCAGAUCAAACCGCGGAUCAAGUGGCUGCACGAUGCACCGCUGCGGCCGAUCCCGCCGCCGCCUCCUUUGCCUUUGUCGCCGCCGCCGCCGUCUUUGCCCGCGCCACCACCACCACCUACUACUUCGCCGCCACCUCCACUGCCUAAGCUUGCCGCUGUCUCGGACGUAUCGGGUCGGCUGGGCGGCAAGGCGGACAAGGACUACUUUCUGGGCGCGGUGGUGAUGGACGUCAGGGCGGCAGAGAUGGAGGCACUGGCCACGCUGGCGCUGGUGGUCCGGGUCACUCCACAGAGCCACAAGCACAAGGUACCGACGCAUCCUGUCCUCGAUGCGCUCGACGUCUCGCCGGCUGGCAAUGGCACGUUACUGUGGUCGGUCAACAUCACGUCGGCGCCGGUGACUUGGUCGGUCGAGGCCUCGACGCCGUCGCUCGUCCUUCCACCAGCCGGCAACUUUUCGGCCGUGCCGGCUAUGGCCCUGGUCAAGACCAUUAGCUUUGCCGACAACAACCAGCACAACGCGUCGGUGGCAAUCUCUGGCUUUGACGCCGCCACGGGCGCCUCGCUGCUGACUGUCACCUUGCCGGGCGCCUCGGUCCUGGCCGGCGAUGUGGUGGUCGACCAGGCACGCCGCAUGGGCUACACUCUGAGCGUGGAAGGGAUGCGAGCGAGUCUGGUUGUCAUUGAUCUCGACGCCGCCGUUGCUGGUGCCAGCGACGCGGUCUCGAGCCUGCGUCUCCCGCACGACGCGGCGGUGUGGAAUGCUGUGGCUCUGUCAGCCGACGGCGCGACGGCAGUCGUCACCUCGGACGCCGGGUACGUCUACGGCAUCAAGCUUGGCGGCCCGCAGAGGAUGACGCUGGUGUGGACGCACACGGCGGCCGGGACAGCCUUCUCGGUCCCGGGCGUGUCGGACGAACUGGUGUUUGUUGCGGGCGACGACGCGGUCCUUCGGGUGGCCAACGUGACCGACGGCGUGCUGGUCUUCAACGCCUCGGCAAGCGCGACGCUCUUUGACCAUGCAGUGGCCCACUCGGGCGGCCUGCGGAUGCUGUACUUUGGCGAUGCCGAGGGCAACGUGAUGGCACUGCAUGCGGCUGGGGCACGGGCCGGGGCAGUCGCGUGGACCGCAAACCUCAACGCCGACGUCCUCGCGCUCUCCAUCGCCGAGAGCGACUCUGUGGUGGUGGUGACCACCGCCGGCGAGCUGGCGGUCGGCCUCGAAGCAGACAGCGGACAGUUUUUGUGGCAGAUCACGCUCGGCGCUGCGUCAUCGGUCCCGCCCAUCCCAGUCGCCGACGGCAUGCUGUUUGUCACCGAGCACACGGUCGAGGCGUAUAGUGUCGGCUUUGCGCCGCCCAUCUUUGUCCGGCCGCACCACUCGCGCUCGCUCUCUGCCUGGAUCAUUGCAGUCAUUGUGGUGUGGGCGGUUGUUGUCGUCGCCCUUACUCUCUCACUCUACGCCGUCUUCCGCCUCCGCGCCCGCCACAGGGCGUACGUGGCUGAGCGCUCGCGGCUCAACUCGGACCACCUUCCGCAUCGCCGCCCGCUGACCGAGGCGAGGCCGCUGCUGGCCACGCCGUGA